CAUGCAAGGAUCAUUAGAAAAUGGAUGUAAUUAAAUUACAAAUAGACCCUUCGAAUUAUGAGAAUCUCAUGAUGAUUAUUGUUAUAGUGACUAAAGAUUACAUAAACAUAAAUAACACAAACUAAACAUUUGUAACAACAUCAAAUAUCCUAACCUCCAUACUAUGCACGAAUUUAACGUGUUAAAAAUGGGACUGGAGCGUGAACUGUUUUAAAACAAAACCCAAAAAAUUUAAAUAUGAUACGUAUAAUAUAAUCUUAAAUGUAAUAUGAAAUCUCCAAGUAAAUAGUAAUCUUCAAUCAUAUGAAGAAAAACCAUGCAACGGCGGCGAUAACAGAGCCGGAGAUAGAGAUGACAAGCGAUGAAGCUCUUGCCGUUGGAGACGAAGCUUCAGGGCCGUCACUGGCGCCAGUUCCUUCGUCCGAUGAUGGAGACAUGUCUGGAGUCGGAGCUGGCGGAGAGGAGGCGGUAGGUGCGUCGGACGAGCUGGUAGGACCUUCGGAAGAAUCACCGGAGCUUGAGUCAGGGCUUGAAGCCGGAGUUUUGGCUGAUGAUGACUUCGGAGGCUUUGCGGUGUUGCCGUUGUUUGAAGAUGGGGAAGGGCUUGGAGUUCCGGUAGAGUUUUUCUUGGCCAUGGUCGGAGCAGCAGUAGGCGGUGAGGUUGGAGCGGAAGCGGUGGGUGGUGAUUUUGGGGAUGCUGCGGCGGCGGGAGAAGGAGAGGUUGAGUUCUUUUCGCCGUUGGCUUUUGGCGCGUUUGCCGAUGUUGGAGGAUCGGCAGCUAAUACAGCCGUGACGGCUAAUGCGGCCACGGCGAGAGAUAGGAGCUUAAGUGUCACUGUCAUUUUGUCGUGAAUGUGAUUUUUCUGUGGUAAAUAAUUACGUAUUUUUUUGUGGUUUAUGGUAAAAGCGAAAAAA